GGAUCACAUGUGUCUUCAUGUCUCUUUCAGACCAGUACAUCAUCCUGGGAGCUCAGAGGGACUCUCUGGGUCCUGGUGCUGUGACGUCCGGAGUAGGGACAGCACUCCUCCUGGAGCUGGCGCGAACUUUCUCUGCCAUGGUGAAGAACGGUUUCAGUCCCAGACGGAGCUUGUUGUUCGUCAGCUGGGACGCUGGAGAUUUUGGGAACGUCGGGGCAACGGAAUGGCUGGAGGGUUACCUGUCCAUGCUCCACCUGAAGGCUGUAGCCUACUUCAGUCUGGACCAGGCCAUCAUGGGUGAUGAUGUCCUGUCGGCCUACACCAGUCCUCUACUGGAUGACCUGCUGGAUGCGGCCAUCAGGCAGGUGGAACAUCCUAAACAUGCGGGUCAGACCAUCUACAGCCAGGCUGAGAGGGAGGGGGGCAGCUGGAGGAUCAUGAAGCCUCUGUAUCUGAACAGCGGCGCCUACAGUUUCACGGCGUUUGCCGGCGUCCCAGCUGUGGAGCUGCGAUUCACCGAGGAGCGAGCGUACCCGUUCGUCAACACACCACUGGACAGCGUCUCCCGCCUACAGGAAGUGCUUGGCGGCCGUCUGGGGGUCACGGGGCGGAGCUUAGCGGAGCUGGUAGGGGAGAUGGUGCUGCGAUUGGCCCACGACCACAUCCUGCCGCUACGCAUCACUUCCUACGCCCAGACGGUGCUGCAGCUUAGCGCUCAGCUCAACAAGCACUCUGCUGAGCUGCAGUCCCGAGGGUUGUCCCCUCAGUGGGUUUUCAGCGCCCGGGGAGACUACAGCCGCGCGGCCGAGACGCUGCAGCGAGCCAUCGACUACAGCGACCUGCACGACCCCGCCACAGCUCACUUCUACAACACGCGCAUCAUGAGGGUGGAAUACUACUUCCUGUCCCAGUACGUGUCGGUGGUGGAGACGCCAUUCCGUCACGUGAUCCACGGUCGCGGCGACCACACUCUGAGCGCGCUCAGUGAGCACCUGACCCUGCUGACCUCUGACCCCGAACACUUCGACGAGAAACGCUUCAGACGCCAACUCGCCUUCUUCACCUGGACGCUGCAGGGAGCUGCCAACGCACUGACGGGAGACGUGUGGAGCAUCCACAACACACACACAUACUGACACACACACACACUCACUAACACUGAAACACACACUAACACACAGACACACGCAUACAAACACACACACUAACAUACUAACAUGCACAAACACACACAGACCCACACACACUGACACAUACA